AUGGUAUCGUGAACGGCGAUAAGAUUCGAUGUCUAUUUAAACGGGUUACACGUACUGGAUAUUGUCUUUAACAAUAAUUCAACAAGUGAAUUACAUCCGCAACAAAAUAACUCAGCUUUUUAUAAAAUUCAAUACGCUGAAAGUAUUCCAAACGAUUUACUUUUAAAAUGAGUUUGAAUUGGGUUCCAUCAAACGCACACUUGGGUGUACCGCCAAACGCUGUCGUUGCCGGCAAUGAUAUCGAUGGUGCCACCAUAUAUGUGGGUCGAGCAUUCCACGAAGGCGACAUGAUUCCGGCUAAGGUUAUUCCAAGCAAACAGGUCGCCUACGUUCCAUAUGCAGGAGCCGAAGUAGCAAAAUAUGAUUUUCACAUUUUAUGCGGAUCGGGAUUUACAUGGGUGGCCAGUUCCAGUGGUCAUGUUCCCCCUGAAGCCGUUGUAGCCGGCAACCAAAGCGAUGGUCAACCAUUGUAUGUUGGACGCGCCAAUAUUGGCGGCGCAUUAACCACCGGAAAAAUUCAUCCAUCGCACAAUUGUAUCUAUGUCCCAUUCGAUGGGAUUGAACACAGCAUUCCCACAUACGAGGUUUUGAUUCAGCAAAAGCGAUCAACUUGGGUGCCAUCAACGAUCCACUCGCCAUUGCCAGAAGGCGCUAUUUUAGCUGGUCAUGAUCAAGAUGGUUCUCCUAUUUACAUCGGACGGUAAUUUAACUUGUUGAUCUAUGAAUAAAACAUCAA